AUGGGGCUGCGGGGCCGCUGCCGCCGCCUCCUGCUGCCGCUGCUGGGGCUACUGCUGCUGCUGCUGCCCGGCGCGGCGCGCGGCUUCGGGGAGGACGAGGAGCGGCGCUGCGAUGCCAUCCGCAUCGCCAUGUGCCAGAACCUGGGCUACAACGUCACCAAGAUGCCCAACCUGGUGGGGCACGAGCUGCAGGCGGACGCGGAGCUGCAACUCACCACCUUCACCCCGCUCAUCCAGUACGGCUGCUCCAGCCAGCUCCAGUUCUUCCUUUGUUCAGUCUAUGUUCCAAUGUGCACAGAGAAGAUUAACAUCCCAAUAGGUCCCUGCGGUGGCAUGUGCCUUUCCGUCAAAAGAAGAUGUGAACCUGUUCUGAAAGAAUUUGGAUUUGCCUGGCCAGACAGUCUAAACUGCAGUAAAUUUCCACCCCAGAAUGACCACAAUCACAUGUGUAUGGAGGGUCCAGGGGAUGAAGAUGUUCCCCUUCACAGCAAGACAUCCUUGCAGCCAGGAGAAGAGUGUCACACAAUGGGAUCUAAUUCAGAGCAGUAUAUCUGGGUAAAAAGAAGCCUGAGCUGUGUCCUUAAGUGUGGCUAUGAUGCUGGUCUCUAUAGCAGAUCAGCUAAGGAAUUCACUGAUAUCUGGAUGGCCGUGUGGGCUAGUCUGUGCUUCAUAUCAACAGCCUUCACAGUCCUGACCUUCCUGAUUGAUUCAUCCAGAUUUUCCUACCCUGAGCGCCCCAUCAUAUUUCUGAGCAUGUGCUACAAUAUUUAUAGCAUUGCUUAUAUCGUGAGGCUGACUGUAGGCCGGGAAAGGAUAUCCUGUGAUUUUGAAGAGGCAGCAGAACCUGUUCUUAUCCAAGAAGGUCUUAAGAACACAGGAUGUGCUAUAAUUUUCUUACUGAUGUAUUUUUUUGGGAUGGCUAGCUCCAUCUGGUGGGUGAUUCUGACAUUAACAUGGUUUCUAGCAGCAGGACUCAAAUGGGGCCAUGAGGCUAUAGAAAUGCACAGCUCCUAUUUCCAUAUUGCAGCCUGGGCUAUCCCUGCAGUGAAGACCAUAGUCAUCUUGAUUAUGAGACUAGUAGAUGCAGAUGAGCUCACUGGUCUGUGUUAUGUCGGCAACCAGAACCUAGAUGCACUCACUGGCUUUGUCGUUGCUCCGCUUUUCACCUACUUGGUUAUUGGAACUUUAUUCAUAGCAGCAGGCUUAGUGGCCUUAUUUAAAAUCAGGUCUAAUCUUCAAAAAGAUGGGACUAAAACUGACAAGCUGGAAAGACUGAUGGUCAAAAUUGGUGUCUUUUCAGUGCUAUACACUGUCCCAGCUACAUGUGUAAUUGCAUGUUACUUCUAUGAAAUCUCCAACUGGGCUAUCUUUCGCUAUUCAGCGGAUGAUUCCAAUAUGGCAGUGGAGAUGCUUAAAAUUUUCAUGUCUCUGCUGGUGGGUAUCACAUCUGGCAUGUGGAUUUGGUCGGCCAAGACUCUGCACACGUGGCAGAAGUGCUCUAACAGACUGGUGAACUCAGGGAAAGUGAAACGAGAGAAGAGAGCGGAUGGUUGGGUGAAACCUGGGAAAGGGAAUGAGACUGUGGUGUAA